AUGUCCGAGGCGAUGCAGGAUUCAGAUUUGCCUCAGCCGGCAGUAGCUUGCGUGAAUGGCGAUGGGAUGGACGCGACCUCUAAUUCGAUCGUCUCUGCGCUACAGACAGAGCUAGAUGAACUCAAAGCUGAACUCAAACGGGUUCAGAUCGAAUCAGAAUCCGAUCUCAACGAGUCCAACGGCCGCGUACUUGAACUGGAAACAAAACUUUCAAAUCAAUCGAACCUUCAAAUUCAACUUGAUGCCAGCCUCAAGGAAGUGAACUCUUUGAAAGAAGCACUGAAGACAAGGACGGGAAGUAACGAAGAGUCUCAAGAGAAAAUUUCAAAAUUAGAAAGUGAAAAAAAUGACUUGUUAGAAGUGGUCAGAGACAGUCAAAAGGAGUAUGCUGAUUUAGAAGCUGAAACGCAAUCGAAAGCUGAACAGUUGGAUAUGGCCAGAGCUGAGAUUCGAAAAUUGGAGACGACCCUCGCAACUUCUCAAGAAGCUGAACGAGUCGCCCGAUUACAGGCUCAGGCUCUCGAGUCUAGUUCCAAUCUUGUCAGCGCUGAUCGGGACUUUUAUGUGAAAGAAUUAGAAGAAUCUCGAAUGGGCUGGCAAAAAUUUAGGACUGACAGUCACCAAGAAAUAUCUCGUCUUCAAACGGAGCUAGACAAACUUACCCACGCCCACGAUCAUCUCACUACAUCUAAUACCGCCCUUCACACUCAACACACCAGCCUUCAGGAGCACCACAAUGAAACCAUCGAGAAACUCAAAGAUCUUUCACACCGGCAUAUUGAAGAGGCAGCCGCUUUCCAAUCAGAAAUCGAGAUUCAAAAGCGAGUUACACAAUUAAUGGAUCAGCGCGAUAAGGAUCGAGGUCGCCGUAUGGAAGAAAUUGAAUCGGAAUGGAACACUCGGCGUACAGAACUGGAAGAGCGGGAGAAAGCCUUGGACGAAGAAUUGGGACGAGAAAGAGCGCGUUACAACGAGCUAGAAAAGAAACUGGCACAAAACCAAAGUGUUCUCGAUAAUGUGCUUGCAUCAGAAACCCCUGGUUACGAUUUCCCAGAUGAAGGACAUUCGAAUGGCGACAUCAACCUUGGGAAUGCCACCCCAGGCUCUCCACUCAACCGUCUACGGAAUGGCUCGGCUCUGCGUAAUGGACUCAGUCCAGCUGCUGCCAUGGUCAAUAAUCUCCAACGGAGCGGCAAGAGUCUUACUCAGAUAUACACCGAAAAGAUGUUGCUUGAAGAGCAAUUGGCGGAAUCGAAAGAUGAGAACCUUCGUUUGAGCGAGUGUUUAGCUACAAUCAUGGGUGAGAUUCAAGACAAGGCGCCAGUCAUUCAACAACAACGUGUAGAAGCCGAGAGGAUCAGACUGGAGUUAGAUGAGCUAACCACGGAGCUUACGACGUCGAUUGAACAGAAGGAAGAGGCUGAACGCAAAUAUGAAAGUUGUCUCCUCGAUCUCAAGGGCCUUCAACGUGAUCAUGAUCUAUCGAACCGUCAACUACAGGAUUUGAGUUUGCAAGUCCGUGUUUUGACAAAAGAAGUGACGAUUCGCGAUCGUGGAGACAGCCGCGGUUUGAAUGGAGAUGAGGAUGACCUGGCCAAUGAAGCCAGAAACGGAUACAUCAACCUCGAGGAUGAGACAGAAGAUCCCCUCCUCUCCAAUGAUCUCGUCACAUUCAAGGAUAUUGCCGAGCUGCAGCACAAGAAUCUCAAAUUGUUAGCAGUAGCUCGUCAAUUGACUGCCAAGCUGCAAGAACUAGAAGCGAAUCGCGCGAUGAGUGACGAUGAAGAUGAAGACGAUCAAGCCGCGAAACAAGCGGUGGAAGAGGCUCAUGAACUAAUUCUUCGCUUAAAAUCCGAUGUGGAAUCUGCUCAGCGCAAGAGUGAGGCCUUGUCACGCGAAAGAGACAUGCUGAGACGUAUGUUGAGUCAAUCGCAACAAACGAACCUCUCAUCUGAGGCUUCACAUGUCAACCAGGGCCAUGGCCAACAGUCAAUGAACGGGUCUCAUCAGCAAUUUGAAGAGCUUCAUGCCCAGUUCGAAGCUUACAAGACCGAGAUCGGAGCUGACUCGAAACGACUUAACGAAGACUUGAAUCGAGCCCGUUCAGAUCUUUCUCAGGCGCAGGUAUCGCUAGCCAAAGCUAAUGCUCAGAUUGAGUAUCUCAACGAGCGUCACAGAAACAUCGAUCAGACAAGUGCUUUACAGACACAGGAAAUCCAGAGUCUUACCAAGACAAGUAUCAAAUUACAAGAGCAGCUCGUACAAAAUGAAAUGCGGCUUCAUCAGGCGAAUGAAAGUGCAACUGAGCUCAAGACACAAUGUACAGUAUUACAGCAUCAAGUGCAUACCCUCACCACAGAGAAAGAGGUCUGGAAAGGAGUGGAAAGUCGCUUGACGGCCGAAAACGGUAAUUUGAUCCGAGAACGAGAUGGCAUUAGUGGUAUCUUGAAGAACAUGCGUUCGAUGCAAGGCGAGUUGGAACGCAACUCUUCUGAUGGCCGACGCCGACUAGAAAAUCAGGUUACUAGGCUGGAAGCCCGAGUUCAAGAACUAAAAGAUAAGUUGAAGAACGAAUCUGAAAGUCUCAAACAAGUCACUUUACAGCGAGAGUUGGACAACAGAGACUUCCAAAUGCGAAUAGAUAAACUGAGUGGUGACUAUGUUGCUGCUCGGGAAAACCUCGUUGUCGCACAGACCAAACAAGAGCAUUUGGAAGCCAGAGUCAAGGAGCUUUCUGGCCAAAUUACCAUGAAAGAAGAUCGAUUGAAUGUCUAUGAGCGCUACGGAGUAUCUAAUACAUCGACAAGUCAAGGCUCAGGUGACGGUAAUGGAGCCCAAGCCUCUACCCUGAGUCAACAGCAGAAGCUGGAGAUCGAGAACGCUCAAUUGAAACGCGACUUGAUAGCUGCCAAAGAAGAGACGGCCAAAGCCAAACAGAAUGUCGAAGAGUUUAAACUUAUUGCCCAAACAGCAGAGACUGCGUUGGUAUCACUCACAUCCACUCACGAUGAGUACAAAUCUACCCAAGAGGCCGACUUAUCACAAAAACAGACUGCUUUUGCUACGUUGGAAGAGCAAACCAAGAAGCUCACCGAGAACUUGGAAGUUGCGUCUGCUCUCAAUAAGGAGUUGCAGCAAAUGCUCGACAAUCAAAGAUCCGAGUUCGAGACCGAAAAGGCACGUUUGCUAUCGACGUUAACGGGUCUUCAGGAUAUUGAAGAGAGAGUCAAAGCACGAGAAAGCGAGCUACGAGCCGAGGGUGAUCAGCAACGAGCGCUAGCCAAUGAGAAUCAUAAUCGAUAUCAGGCUGAGGUACAGAAUCACGCCAUCUCGUUGAACGAAUUAUCGACCCUUAAAGAGCAACUUGACAAGGCUCGGGCCAAGAUUACUGCUGCAAAUACUGCAGCCGAUACCGCCAAUGCAAAGUUGCUAGGAUCGGAAGCUAGUUGGGCUGAGCAAAAAGUUACCUUCGCAAAAGAAAUUGAGGGACUCUCAGAAAGAUGUGAAGAUCUCAGGAAGCAAAACACCCUGCUGCAUGAGCAUUUGGAAUCCGUCAGCUCACAAGCAGCCCAAAUUUCUAAUGACUCCAUCAACUCAGCGGCUGGUAUGCUUAACGCAGCCGAAGAAAGCACUUUGGAAGAUACUGACGAAAACAAAACACAAUCGAUUCAGCAAUUACGCGGGCUGAUCAGAUACUUGAGAAAUAAUCACGAUUUGAUUCAAAACCAGCUAUCAUUGGCUAAACAUGAAUCUGAACGCUUGCAAAAGCAACUACAUCAUACCUCAAAGGACCUGGACCAGACUCGGUCCGAGUUGAACCAGGAGCGGGAACGCACUCGACAAGGAUAUGUAUCCUCUUCGGAGUAUACUCAAUUGCUAGAUCAAAUCAAUACGCUGAAUAUGGUCCGUGAAAGUAAUGCGACUCUGAGGGAUGAGUUUGUUCGAUCGGACCGCAAAGCUAAGGAUCUAGAAGCAAAAUUGCAACAAACAAAUGCAAAGCUAGUGCCCCUGGAAACCGAACUUCGGGAGGUGAAAGCAGUCGUGCAACAAUAUCAGCAAGAAAUUAGUCUUCUGACCGAAGAUAACGAACGAUGGAAAGCAAGAAAUCAACAGAUAUUGGAGAAAUACGAACGUAUUGAUCCUGCUGAGGUGCAAGCUCUUCGUGAUAGCAUCAUUCAACACGAGGCUGAAAAUACCCGACUACGUGCAGAUUGUGCUGAAAAGCAGGAUAGGUUUGUUCGUUUACAAACCUUCGCGCGCGAGCAGAGAACGAAAUUGAGUGUGACAGAGGCUGAACUGAGCUCGCAACGGGAAGCCAUUCAACAAGCAGAAGGCCAAGCUCAAGAACAACGCGAUCUGGUUGGAAGACUUCAACAAGAGAAGGCAGACCUAGAAAGGUCUCUGGCCGAUGCAAUUGCUCAUAAGAAGCAACUUGCCGAACUUCAAACUGCAAUAGACGAGUCAAAGGUUGAGAUGGAGAAGCGGCAGGCUGCAGUUGAUUCGCUUACAAAGGCAAACUCUGCUCUUAUUACCGAGAAGCAAGAGAUUGAUGCGGCAAAGCAGAAUUUGGAGUCAGAGAUCAAGAAAUUGACCGCCAAUACAUCACAACUGCCGCCUGCACCAAUGUCCGAAGAGUUGAUUGAAGCAGAGGUCACCAAACGAUUAGACGCAAAGUUGGCAUCAAUUCCAUCUAAUGGAGGUCCUACUAUCACACCCGCUUCUAGCGACGAGCUACAAAAAGCUGAAGCGCUCGCCAUCUCUCAAAGAGAGGCGGCGGUGCAACAGGCCAUGGAGGAUACGACAAAGAAAGUGACUGCGGAGUGUGAGAAGAGAAGAGAAGCCGAUAUCGCUAAGCUCAAGCUCGAACUUUCGGUUCCGCCUGACGAGGCAGUCAACGCGCUAUUGAUACAAAAACAAGCUGCCUUGAAAGCUGAAUGGGAAGCGGGAGCUCAAGUCAAGGAGCAGCAGCUUGAAUCACGAUUGAAAGCGGCUUUGGAAGCAGUCGAAAAGGCUGAAAAGGCGGUAGUUCAACAAUCCGCGUCCAUCUCAUCGCCGCCGGUUGGUUACUCGGAAAAGCAGCUCCAAGAGAAGGUCGAAAAGGCAGUUUCCGACGUUCUGGCAGCCAAGGAGAUCGAAUUCAAAAAUAAGGAGGCCGCACUGCUAGAAGCACACAGAAUUGACAAAGUGGCCACUAUUGACGACCUUAGAAUCAAGAUCGCCAACGAGGCAAAGACCAAGGAGAAAGUUACACAGCUUCAACUCAAAAAAUGCCAAGCGCAACUAGCGCAAUACAAGGAGCGAGAUAGCGCUGCAAGUCAAUCGCAAUUGGCCACUACUCCAGCUGCGACGUCUUCAACGCCCGCAAGCAAUGCGACUCAGGUGUCUGCGCCUUCCGUUAUCCCACAAGUUCCAGUUUCUGGCAAUACACUUGCAGCUGCCCCGGUGACCGGCCCACCUGCGACCGUCACUCCGUCUACCGAAACGCCACCCCAAACAUCUCCUAUCCCGACUUUGACAGGUAACGGUGCUGCUGUCAGACCCGCAGCUCCUACUAUUACGUUUGGAAGAGGUUCGCGCCCAGCUGGACGCGGUAUAGGACGUGUUGCUCACGGUGGUCGCGGGCGGGGUAUCGAUUCAUUACCAGCGGAGGGGAGGAUGGUGGAGAAGCCUGGGUUGACUAGUAAUAUCGCUGGAAGGGGUGGUCCUUCGUUGGCCAUUCGAGGAGUCGCUGCCACCAAGCGAGGAUCAUUGGGUGCUGGAAUGUUAAAUGCGGCAGUAAGAGCAGCUACCAGUGGUGCAUCGACCCCAAAUGAACUCAGUACGUCUGAAGGUCCUAUGGCCAACUUUGGUACAGUAGGUAAACGGGCAAGAGAGGAGGAGGCUGCAAGUGUUCAGGCCGAAGCAUCGAACGUCGAUGGAAAUGCGAAACGUCCGAAAUCAAACGUUGGAGGGGAGGAGACAGUUAAUCAGACUACUACAAAUGCGGGAGGAUUAGCCUCAAGGUUGAGCAAAGUGAAAAAGGUCCUACUUAUGUGA